GAGUUCAACCAAGACAAAACUAGCUAGCCAGAAAACUAAAGUUCGUUAGUCAUGGAAAGAAAGAUUGAGAUAGUUUCUAUGGAGUUCAUUAGACCUCUUUUUCAUACUCCUAAUCACCUUAAAUGCUUUGAAUAUUCUUUUUUGGAUCAAACGGGAAUACCCCUAUAUGCUCCUUUAGCUCUAUUUUUUCCACCUCCAAUAGAUGCUGGUGAAUCAUAUUCCUAUGAGCAAGCAAGGUCAGUCAAUUCAUCAAGAUUACUCGUUUUGAAGAAAUCUUUGUCUGAAACUCUUGCUCGCUUUUAUCCUUUUGCUGGUCGAAUUAAGGACAACUGCUCAAUUGAGUGCAACGAUGAGGGGGUGCCUUUUUAUGAGGCAUUUGCUCUUAAUUAUGAGUUUGAAAGCGUUCUUAGAAAUCCUGAGUUAAGUGAAGAUUUCCUCCCAAGUGCGGUUGUUGAAGAUGGCUCGUUAAUAUUCCAUAAUUCGACCUUAUAUCCCCUGCUUGUCCAAGUCACCAUUUUCAAGUGUGGAGCUAUGGCUAUUUGUAUGGGUGUUUUUCACCAAGUUGCUGAUGGGGCCACGUUGUAUACCCUCGCCAAUGCUUGGGGAAUAACUGCCCGAGGUAGCAGCUGCAACGAUUCAUCUGAAUUGGUUGCAGCUGCAAAAUUCUUACCACCACCUAUUCCAUAUGUUUCAAACGUGCCUAAUUUGCAGUUAGAAUUUACCAAAUUCUUUUGUAAUGAGCAACGUGUUGCUAAAUUAUUUACCUUUGAUGCUUCUACUAUAGCAUCGCUCAAGGCUAAGGCUGUGAGCGAUGAUGUACCAAAGCCCACACGUGUUGAAGCUGUGUCAGCUCUGAUUUGGAAAUGUGUCAUGGUUGCUACUAACUUAGGGCCAUCAAAAUUGGCCCACCUAGUAAAUAUACGAAAGCGGUUUGUCCCACCAUUGCCAAACCAUUGUGUAGGAAAUGCAGUUGCAGUUGCCACGGCUGCAUGUAAAGGCGCUGAGAAUAUGGAUGGCUCUGACUUGGCCACCUUAGUCACUUGUAUAAGAAAAUCAUUAAUAGAACUAAGUUCAAAAUAUGUGGAGAAACAUAGUCGAGAUGAGGCGAUUUUGGCUAUUCCCUAUGACUUCAUGGAGCUAAUUCCCGCACAAAUCCGAGGCGAGGUAGGAGUGCAAAUUAGUAGCUUGUGUGGCUACCAAUUUUAUGAUGUUGAUUUUGGAUGGGGAAAGCCGUCAUGGUUAACUGUAAAUCAAAAGGCAAUGAGAGAUUUCGUAUUAUUGAUGGAUUCAAGAGAUAGCCGUGGAAUAGACGCAUGGAUAUGUUUGAAGGACAGUAAUACUAUGUCAGUUUUCAAGCAUGAACUGGAGCAGCUGCUAGCAUAAAUAGUUGAACUUAGCUUCUUGUAUCAACUUUCAUUCUUAUUGCUUCAAUUCCUCUGUUGUUUCUUUUUAAGGUGGUAUGUAUUUGUUUUCUGGAAGAAUUAUUUUGAGUGGUUUAUGAAAUAAAAAGAGCUUUGUGUCCA